UUUGUACUAAAGCCCCGAAGCAAAAACACCUCAUUUUAUAAACGACAAAAAAUUUUAUAUUUAAAUUGUGUAGAGUCUUUUUUGAUACUCCUUUUUUUUUACUUUUUAUCUACAAAUUCUUUUGUGAAAAGUUCGAGUUUCGAUAAUAAUUUUGCAAGUGAAAUAGUUAAUAAAGUUGACAACAUGAACAACGUGAUUAAGAAAAGUGAGACGGAACAAAGAGCGCGUCCUGCAAAAUCGGGAUAUGUAUACGACCUCAAUAAGAUGGCCGAUCUUCAAAACGCAUGGGAUGCCAAUUCACUGUGUUCGCCCUUCGUCAAUUUCCUCAGGAAAUUUCAGGAGCGCUAUAGCAGUUGCUACACCGAUGGGCAAAUCGCGGAAAUGGCUCGCAAACGCUGGCAACAGAUGUCUACUAGCCAUCAGCAAGAGUACCAGGACCCACUAGAUGAGGUAGAGUAUCAAGAGUAUCUAAAAUCGGCUAGCAGUAGCGCCAAAGGCUCAAGUUGCUCAAUUAAAAACGAACCGGAUUCCGAUGAUGCGGAUUCUGAAUCCGAUUAUCAUACAGGCGCAUUUGUCGAUAGCGGCGACGGCUGUCGUCCUAAGAAGAAGGAUCCCAAGUGCAGGAAGCCGAAGAAAAUGUGCGCAAGGCCAAAGAAAGCUUGCGCGAAACCAAAGAAAAGUUGCGCCAAGCCGAAGCCCGUGUGCCCCAAACCUAAGAUGGUUUGCCCCAAGCCUAAAUUGGCUUUCCCCAGGCCGUCUUGCCCAAAACCUAAAUCGCUUGGGGCGAAGCCAUCUUGCCCCAAGCCAAGCGCCAAGCCAUCUUGCCCCGCGCCCAAGAAACGAAAUGAGUGUCCGAAGCCCAAACCAAAGUGUCCCAAGCCGAAGCCAUCGUGCCACUAAGAAAAUGUGCGUCUUACAAUAACCCCUCUUCCGUCCACACCUUUUGGCAAUAAUUUUGGACUCGUAAUUAGACGAAAAUGCCCUCGUAAUGCUUGUGCGCAUUGCUAGAAUCAAAGAAAUUGGAGAACCUCCGGGGAACCUGGCCAUCGAACAUCCGGCGAUGAAAGCCUUCUACUAACCGCGCGGUGAAGCUUCCAAAGAGCCGAGGUACUUGGCCUUAGGACCAGGAAGGUGCAAAUUCUAUUCUACUACGAAACAAGCUAAUCAGUGAAAUAAAGGUACACGUCUAGAUCAAAAA